AGCACGGGUCUGGUGGACGACCGAAAAUCCGUGAACAGGUAAAGGACACGACGCUGGAAGGCGCCAAUGAGCGCAGCUAAGUUGAAUGGCCCCUUGUUGGUACGGGCGCUCAUCACGCAGUGUCCGCCUUUCCGAGAGCUCUGGCCGCCAGGAGGAGGAGAGGAGUUGCUGGAUAGGUAUCGUGCACAGAGCAGCAGCUGCCAUGGAGGGUGUUAAACGGCGCUCCUCCUGUGGAUUUGUCUCUGUUAUGAAAGUUCCAACGCAAGUCAUCUGUUACAGUAACAAGUGGUUGCACCAUGAAAACAACACCAAACCCCUCGUCAUCGUCCUCCCUGGCAACCCGGGCUCCAUAGAGUUCUACGAUGAAUUCAUGUACGAGAUCUACAGGAACCACAAAGGGAAAUUGAACGUCUGGGGAAUAUCGCACGCCGGACACGUCAAUUCGCCAGCCCCUCUGGAGGUGCCUGAUGCCGAAGCCAACCCAGAUGUAUAUCUGUGCGAUGGUCAAAUUCAACAUAAGCUGACUUUCAUCGAGCAACAUGUUCCUAAAGGAACUCCGCUGAUCCUGAUUGGCCAUUCCAUUGGCUGCUACAUGGUCUUGAAGAUGCUCAAGCGAAACCCUAACCUCAACGUUACGAAGGCUAUCCUCCUCUUUCCAGCCAUCGAGCAUCUCAUGAAUGGAACCAAAGCUCCACUGAUUUCUGCGCUUAUCACAGUCUUGAAACCAGUCACCGUAGCCACCAUCACAACCUUGCGAUACCUGCCUCAGUACAUCCUGGGUUUCAUUGUGCGACUGUAUCUGCUGGUUAUUAUGUCUUGCACCACUCCAAGGAGAGACGCACUGCGGGCGUCGCUGAAUUAUUUCAAGCCCGAAUGCCUCAGGGCGGUGUUUGCGUUCACCAGAGACAUUAUCGAGAAUGUGAAAGAACGGGAUAGCGACACUAUGUUACAGCACCAGGAAAAACUAAUUUUAUACUAUGGGACGAAUGACCACUGGUGCCCAAUAGAGUAUUACAAGGACGUCCGGAAGAUGCUUCCGGAUGCUGAUGUGCGGUUGUGUUCGAGGGGCUUCCGACAUGCCUUUGUUCUGGACAAGGGCGCCGAGAUGGGUUGUAUGGUGAGCGACUGGCUCGCGCCAGUUUUAAGACGUUAGGAGUACCAUGUUAUCUCAUUGGACGUUCAUCUACGCGAGCAAUGCUGCCGACACCAGACGUUUCCCGAUUCGUCAACGCGUUAAAAAUUAUGCAGAGUAAUAAGUGCAAAGUAGCUUCUCUCUUCUAUGAUUGCCCCCAGAGAGGAAGAGUGAAGACUGACGAGUGUACGAGACUGUGCAGCCUCCCGCUUUCAUGAUGGACGAACGCUGGUGCGGUGUUGGACAACAAAAAAACGCAAAAUGUACAUCACGACCACAGGACUAUCAGGACCUCAGGAGUACACGGCUUACAAUACACCGCCGGGUCUUGCGAGCAGCAUUCUCCGAAACCGUUGAGCGAAACCGCGACUUGGACCGAAACUUCCUUCCUACUGGCAUUACUAAAUUUACGGUCGUUUGCGAGUGACUCAUGAGGCUUUCAUGUAGAAGCAAAGUUACAGCUACGUACACAUUGUGCACUGCACAGAGACGUGUGUAUACGUCCAGAAUGGAAGAUAUAGUCUUGUUAAUGCACUAGGACCCAUCUCAGCAAGCAAGGUUGUCAACGUCUCGCUUCAUCAGUCCUAGGUAAGGCACUGCGUGCAGAAGCAUUUCCCCCCAUUCACUCGCAUACAGUACUGAUAUGUUUGCUCA